CAUCUUAGAUUGGUACCAAUGUUAGAAAAUCGACAAGUUUGUUGACGUGUGUUUCUAAAAGAGGAUUGUUGAAUUUUUCCGAUUAUUCCUAAGAAAAAAAAAAUAUUUCCUUGUGGACAAACAACACAUUAUUAUUUGUGCAGAAUAGUUUGUAACUUAUUCGAAAACCAAUUACAAUGAAUUUUGUACAGUCAAUUCCCACACACAUGGACUUUGAGGGCCAAGCCACGGCUGAAAAAUUGUCGCGCGUUAUUAUAACACUUUUUGGUGCUGUUGGAUUAGUAUGGGGUUACAUUAUUCAACAAUUUUCACAAACUGUUUACAUUUUGGGCGCUGGUUUUGUUUUAGCUGCUUUGUUGACAAUUCCUCCAUGGCCUAUGUAUCGCAGAAAACCGCUAAAUUGGCAACCAGCUAGAGAUGGUACUGAAGGGACCUCUAGUGGUUCCAAGAAAGGAAAGAAAAAAUAAGAUUACAUUAUAUCACAUAUUGUAAAUAAAACUGUCAAAUUAAUUUAAUGGUUCCCAAGUUCUGGUGGAUUUGGUUCAUCGCACAUGAUUUUUGUACACGAAUGUGAAUAUUAGCAAACUUUAAAUGAC